UCACCAGGGAGCGGACGCGUUGUACGGCGAUAUGGACGCGACCACCGCCCCGCACCGCAUACCCCCGGAAAUGCCCCAGUAUGGGGAGGCGAACCACGUCUUCGAGUUGAUGCAGAACAUGCUGGAGCAGCUCCUGAUCCAGCAGCCCGAGGACCCCAUCCCAUUCAUGAUUGAGCAUUUGCAACGAGACAAUGAUUACGUGCCGAAGAUUGUAAUACUAGGUCCACCCGCCUCGGGGAAAACAACUAUAGCAAUGUGGCUCCGCAAACAUCUGAAUAGCAAUCUCCUCAGCGUGGAGAGCUUGAUGGCAAAAGAAUAUUCCUCUCUGGCAGCAGAUGCCAGGACACAUUAUCAGAAGUUCCAGACGUUGCCCGACAUGCUGCUCGUCAGACUGGUUCAGGAACGCCUGAGGGAAGAGGACUGCGUCAGGCGGGGCUGGAUUCUGGAUGGCAUCCCUGAAACUCGGGAGCAGGCCCUGUUGAUCCAGACCCUCGGGGUCUCCCCCAGACAUGUCAUCGUGCUGAGCGCUCCAGACGCGGUCCUGAUUGAGAGAAAUUUGGGGAAGAGAAUCGACCCUCAGACAGGAGAGAUUUAUCACACCAUCUUCGACUGGCCCCCCGAGUCCGAAAUCCAGAACCGACUGAUAGCGCCAGCAGGCAUCUCGGAAGGGGAGACGGCGCGGAGGCUGCUGGAGUAUCACAGGAACAUCGUCAGGAUCCUCCCCUCGUACCCCAAAAUCGUGAAAGUCAUCACUGCCGACCAGCCGUGCGUGGACGUCUUCUACCAGGCUCUGACCUAUGUCCAAACCAUCCAUCGAUCUAACGCCCCGUUCACCCCGAGGGUGCUGCUUUGCGGGCCCGUGGGCAGCGGGAAAAGUCUGCAGGCCGCCCUCCUGGCCGAGAAAUACGGCCUCGUCAAUGUCUGCUGUGGGCAACUGCUCAAAGAGGCCAUGGCAGACAAGUCCAAGUACGGCGAGAUGAUCCGGCCCUUUUUCGAAAAGGAGACCGCAGUCCCCAGCUACAUCAUCAUGAAGGUGCUGAGGCAGCGCCUGGACCAGCAGGACUGCGUUGAGAGAGGGUGGGUGCUGCACGGCUUCCCGCGAGACAGGGACCAGGCGUGCUUGAUGGAUAGCAUGGGCUACAAGCCCAACAGGGUGUUUUUCCUGAAUGUGCCAUUCGAUUCCAUCAUUGAGCGGCUGACCCUGAGAAGAACCGACCCUGUCACAGGAGAAAGAAAGAUACUUGGGUGAUUCCCUCCAUCGACAGCAGAGGACACUAAAGCCGCAGAGGGUAAGUGACUUGCCCGAGGUCACCCGGAUCCAUGGCACACCUGAACCCAGUGUUCUGGUGCUCUCUGCCUGCGGGCCUCAGCAGGCCAGGCCAGCCGGGGCCCAGGACUCCAGCCUCCGGGCUCUGGGCAGCUCGGGGACUCUACGCCUAAUGGCUAAAGCCCCUUCCAGCCUGGAGCAGCCCAGAGUCCCUCCAGCAAAGAUCUGACCCUGGCGCUGGCCACAGUAGCCAGUGACGUGCCAGCCAGCAGCUGGGGUCCUUGGAGCCAGGCCUCCGGGCCUGCCCUCCUGCCUCUGCCCCGUCACCUCAGACUGAGCCCUGGGCCUGCCCUAGCACCUCCCGGAGCUGGGCCCUCUCUCCAGAGGCAGCAUCCUGGCCUCUGCACCUCCCCCUGCCUCGUGGCUCAGCCUCCCGACUCUCUCUCCCCUCACACUGCGCGGGCACCGGGUGCCACCGCCUGAAACUCCAUCAGGGCCUCCCCUGCCCAGGCCCCACUUCCCCCCAACCCCUACAGGGAAAACAGCAGCUACCCUGAAAGUCCCCUGACAGCGGGCUCCUGCGUAUUAGGCCUCCUCAGGCCCUGGGAGGCCCCGGGAGAAGUCCCGGGUACAGACCACAGGGCCAGGUUGCUGUGAUGAAACUCUGCCCACUUGUAUCCGGCACCCCCUGACUGCAGGAGACAAAAGCAGGGAGGUGGCCAACACAGGCCUGCCUACCCCUCUGCGUGUCACUCCGGGUACCAGAGAAUGUGGUCUCGCUUUACUCAGUGAAAUGCCAUUUGGAUGUAGAUCUUUAGCCAAGGACGUCAUCAAAUGCUCAUGUACUAGUUCACAUAGCAAGGCUUACUUUGUGGACGACCUCCUCUCUGGACUGCCCACACCCUUACCCCGCCUCUCCCUCCACCUGCCCCACCCCGUUAGAGCAGCUGUGCCAGCUCUGCGCCCCCUCUGUGAGGCAGGUGAUGUCCCCGCCAAGAGUGUAGGUCCCCAUGCUGCUGUGUGACCUUGGGCAAGUUGCUUCACCCCUCUGGAUCCUUGUAAAAUGAGAACAAGUAGUCACUGCCUCCUAGGCAAUACUAAGCUUAUAUGGUGGGAUGAAGUGAUGAAUACAUACACCAAGGCUGAAAAUAGGGCACGUAGUACAUGCUCAAUAAAUGCAGCCCUUCUCAAUUACAUUCUCACAGCUCCCCUUGAGGUCAGUGCUGUCUUUAAUCCCUAGAUGAGGAAACUGGGGCUCAGAGGAGUCAAAUAACUUGUGAAAGGCUGUGCGUGGUAAGUGGCAACAGGGGUCGGGACCUGAGUCACUCGCUGGUCCCAGAACUCCACGUGAUGACCGGCGCGGCACCUGCUUCUCGCUCCGUCGCCGUCGAGGUUGCCAAGGGCCCUGCCUUUACCCCGGGGGAGCUCGUCCCCGCCGCGUCCCGGCGUCCCGAAGCCCCUGGCAUCCUGGGUGCCCCGCGGCGGGGCCUUGGUUGGGCUCCGCGCCACCCUGGACGCGGGGACGGGGCUUCAUUGAGAUGUGCUCCGGCGCGCGGUUUCCGGGCGCGCCCUCCGGGAGUGCGGUGGCCCUGCCGCGCCGCCGGGUUGGCCCAACACGC